AUGGACGCUAUUUCCGGCCAAAAUCCCCACUCCUUUCGACAUGUAGCGGCCCAGGUAGUCUGUGAGCUGUUGUUGGACCUGGUCGACCGUGUUGGAAGACUCGAUCACCUUCUGGGUGAGUCCCGAGUCGCCGUGGUGCGAUGUACACCACUCGUCCAUCUGGUCCAUUCUUUCCUUUGGGUAGUGAACCACGGCCUCGUAGCCGGUCUCGUCGAUCAGCCGGAGGUGUUUGUCGGUGAUGAGACAGCAGACCUCUAUGAUAUGGUCGUUCUGGAGGUCGAGUCCGGUCAUUUCACAGUCGACCCAGACGAUGGGCAACAGAUGGUCGUAUUUGCCGUUGACGGGCUCCAACGGUUCGAGCUGCGGCACGGCCGGCGUUUUGGGCUUGAGGAUUCCGCUGAGACUGAACAUCGAUUUGCCGAAUCCGGUGCUGUACGGUCUUGCAAGGGAGAAUGUCCUGAGACUUGUUCGGAGCAUAUUUUUUUAGAAAAUUAUUUGGUGGGUUUACUGGGGGUGGGGGGAGCGGAAAAGCUUUAUCGCAAAGUGGCGAUCUUCAAUACUCUUUAUCGCGCAGUCGCUAUCCCCACUCAAGCUACACACCCUCUGUCUUUUCGGCCACCAGCGCAGACUCGUUGA